UAACCACCACUCACCACCUCUCUCUCUCUCUCUCUCUCUCUCUGCGCGUGCGCUUCCCAAAACUGCCGCCCCCUUUCUGUCUCUCUCACUCUCCCCCGUCUCCGCCGCGAGCUCAGCCGCCUGGUCCUCCCUCGCCAUGCCUCUUCUCCUCGUGCCUCCUGCGGUGGAGACAGAGGCGGAAGCCUCCGGCUACUCUUUCGCCGCAGUCUACGAUGGCCCUCCCUUGCCCUAUGCCCUCCCCCGCGCCGUCCCCAUCGACGUUGAACGCAUCCCUCUCGCGGCCCUAGCGGCUCUCUCGCCACUCCCCGCCGACGCCCUCUCCCUCCCAGUCGCCCACCCCCUUCUCUCACCCAAGAUGUCGGCUGCGUCCCCUACCUCCGUCAUCGAGAACCACGCCGCAGUCGCCGCAACCCCCGACUCCGGCGCGCUCUGCUCCGCCGACCUCCUCUCCUCCGAGACCGCCGACGUGUCCGGCACCGUCGGGUUUUCGGACGAGCUUGGCGGAGCCCCCGAUCGGCUCUCCACGGAGUCGCCCCUCAGCUCCCCCGCCUCCAGCUUCCGCUCGUACGCCUCCGAGAUUGAGGAAGGAGAUGAGUCCUUCCCCACGCCGACUAGGAGGGCGCCGAUCGUGGCCUGCCAAGGGUCCGGCCAGUCCAGUUACUCUACGUCGCCUGCAGUCGGUGUCACUCCGGGCGCGAUCAAGAAGGGGGCUUGCUACAGUUGCUUGAGGGGAGGCCGUUUUAUGGAGAAAGAGUCUUGCUUGGCCUGCGAUGCCAAGUAUUGCAGUUGGUGCGUGUUGAUGGCUAUGGGAUCCAUGCCCGAGGGGAGGAAGUGCAUCUCUUGCAUCGGAUCUCCGAUAUUGGAGUCGAGCAGAGAGAGACUGGGGAAGAGCUCACGUUUACUGAAGAAGCUGCUGAGCAACCUGGAGAUUGAGCUAGUGAUGGAGGCCGAAAAAAACUGCGAGUCAAAUCAGUUGAGACCGGAAGAUAUCUGUGUGAACGGGAAGAGUCUCAGUCUGGAGGAAAUGAUUCUGUUACAGAGCUGUCCGUGCCCUCCUCCUAAGCUUAAGCCUGGAGACUAUUGGUACGACAAGGUUUCUGGCUACUGGGGAAAGGAAGGGCACAAGCCUGAUAGCAUCAUUACUCCAAAUCUGAAUGUAGGGGGGCAUCUAAAGGAAACUGCAAGUAAGGGAAACACUGGAAUUCAAAUAAAUGGUCGGGAGAUCACAAAAGCUGAGAUGACGAUGCUUAAGUGGGCUGGUGUCCCUUGUGCUGGGAAUCCUCAUUAUUGGCUCCAUGCUGAUGGGACAUACAUGGAGGAAGGACAAAAGAAUGUGAAAGGGAAGAUUUGGGGAAAGCACCGUAUGAAACUGCUUUGCCCUGUUCUUUCAUUGCCAUUUCCUAGUAAGAAUGCAAAAUGUCGUGAAGAGGUAAACAACUUUGCGGCAAUACCUCUUUCUGACUAUCUCAAUAAGAAAGCACUCCAAAAGCUUUUGUUGAUUGGAAACCAUGGAUCAGGGGCAAGUACUUUUUUCAAGCAGGCCAAAUUGUUGUAUGGGUUAUCAUUCACGGAGAGUGAGCGCCAAGAUAUCAAGAUUAUGAUACAGACAAGCAUAUUUCACGACCUUGCUUUGCUGCUCGAGUGUCGUGAAUGGUUUGAAGAAGAGAUUUUGGCUGAGAGGAGAGACAACCAGCAACUUGAUUCUUCAGGAGAUGAAACAGAGUAUUCGUUGGUUCCCCGAUUGAAGGCGUUUGCUGAUUGGCUUCUGAAGGUUAUUGCCUCUGGCAAUUUUGAAGCCAUCUUCCCAGCUGCUAUGCAAGAGUAUGCGCCAUUAGUGGGGGAGUUGUGGAAAGAUUCUGCUGUUCAAGCUACAUACAAGCGUAGAAAUGAACUUCGGUUCCUACCUGCCACUUCGAAUUAUUUCUUAGAAAGGGUUGUUGAUAUAUCCAGAGACGAUUAUGAACCAUCAAAUGAAGACAUCAUAUAUGCUGAUGGAAUUAAUUCAUCCAAUGGAAUAGCAUCCAUAGACUUACAGUUACCUUGUGCUGGAAGUAGUCUCGAUGAGCAUGAACAACAGCAAACAAUCUCAAGGUAUCAGCUCAUUCGAGGCCCUUACAAAGGUACCACAAAAAACUGUAAAUGGCUGGACAUGUUUGAAGAUGCAAGGAUGGUGAUCUUCUGCGUUGCCAUGACCGACUAUGAUGAAUACUCUGAAGAUAGUACUGGUGUGGUCAUCAACAAGAUGAUUGAGAGCAGAAGUCUCUUUGAGAGCAUUGUUAGUCAUCCAACCUUCCAAGCCAAGGACUUUCUUUUGGUACUCAGUAAAUUUGAUUUGUUCGAGCAGAUGAUAAACAUCACUCCUUUAACCUCAUGUGAAUGGUUUAACAACUUCAAUCCAGUCAUAAGCAAUCGCCCACCUAAUAAGAGAAACAGCUCUGGUCGUAGGGGCACCGAAGAGGCCACAAAGGCUGAACAAGCUUUUCACUAUGUUGCCAUGGAAUUCAAGAGACUCUUUCUGUCAAUCACCGGGAGGAAACUCUAUGUUACCCGGGCUAACGGAUUGGAUCCCGAUUCCGUUGAUGCAGCACUUCGAUAUGCAAGAGAGAUAAUUUACUGGACUGAGGAAUGGUCAAUGGAUGGCGGUGGUAAUGAAUCAACAACCUAUAGCACAGAGCCAAACUCUACUUCUCAUUGACUUUUCGUAAAAAAUGUGUAAAUAUAUAGCCUCGUCUUUUUUCUCAGAUCAAUGAUGUAUCACCCUUAAUCCAUUUUUUGAGUGCAAACUUAUGGUAUCUUAACCAUAAUCUGUAACAUAUUAGUUUUUUACAGAUAUGUUUACAA